AUGUCGCCCCCGCUCCGCACCUUCAUCCGCGACAGCAACUCUGCCUGGACCACCUCUUCUUUAUCUUGGACUUCCUCUGGGGCCGCAUCUCAGCCUUACGGCGCGCCGCAUCAACAAGCGGCAUCUCCGCAUCCUCUACCAGCGCGCGUCUUCUCCUCGCCCUCUUCCUCUGCUUCCUCUUCUUCGUCUUCUUCCUCGACCUCCAAUCCACCGCACUCGAAACGCUUCUCCACCACGACCUCGCUCCACAUCUCGCAUCACUUUGACACGCAAGCCUUCGCACAGCGGCUCGAAGCCUCCGGCAUCUCUCGCGAGCAAGCCGACGUGCUCACCGAAGCGCUUCGCGACGUUAUCGACGAAAGCAUCACCAACCUUGCCAAGGGGCUCGUCACACGCGAGGAGGGCGACCAAACCAACUACACCCAAAAGGUCGACUUCACCCGGCUCAAGUCCGAACUCCAGCUGUUGGAACGGAACGACUUUGCGCUGAUGAAGAGCGAGAACGAACGGCUCAUGGCGGACGUGGAGAAGUUGAAACAGAGGUUGAGGGAGGAGAUCACCCGAACAACGGCGGGGGUGAGACUCGAUUUGAAUUUGGAGAAAGGGAGGAUCAGGGAUGAGUCGGCGGUGCACGCGCUGAAGAUCAAGGAGGUCGAUACCAGGAUCGAGUCGGAAAUCGCCGGGUUGAGGACGAGCAUUCAGAGCGCAAAGUUUAAUGUCCUGCAGUAUUUGGUGGGUGUAGCUACCGGUGCGGGGGCUCUGCUGCUGGCAUACCUCAGGAUGUUCCGUUAG